UGCGAAUUCAGAGUAUAUCAGUCACUAUGACUUUUGAAAAGCCUUCAAGCAAGCCACUAUUAUUCUUCUACCUGUGUUUGGCCUACUGCUAUGGAGUACAAGCCGCUAACCUUAAGCUACAGGGACGUAUAGUUGGUGGUCAAAAUGCCAUAUUGGGUCAAUUUCCCUAUCAAGUAUCAGUUCAAGUGGUAGACAUGCAUGUUUGUGGUGGUGCAAUCAUAUCCAAUGAUUAUGUGGUGACAGCAGCCCAUUGUGUCUACCAUGGGGAUCCAUUGCAGCUCAUUCCUAAUUUCCUUGUAGAUGUUCGGGCUGGCAGCAUUUUACAUGAUGCCGAUGGUCAACGUGUGGGAGUUGCUGAAAUUAAACCCCAUCCCGAAUUCCAUGGACAUACCAAUGAUAUUGCCUUAUUGAAAUUAUCCCGUCCCUUGGAAUUUAAUGAGAAUGUAAGAGCCAUAGGCUUGGCCACUGAAGAACCACGGUCCGGCAGCCAGCUAUCCAUCACCGGUUGGGGUCGUCUCUCAGAGAACGGCAUAGUUCCUGGCAUAUUGCAACACACCACAUUAUUUGCAUUGGCCCAUGAGCAAUGCCAAACUCUGGCUGCCAUACCACCCCAUGUGAUGUGUGUGCUUCACAAUGAUGGGGAAGGUGCUUGUGAUGGUGAUUCUGGCAGUCCUGCGGUUCUCAAUAAUCAAUUGGUUGGUGUAGCCAUUUUUGUUAAAGGCAAAUGCGGAACUUUGGGACCAGAUGGAUAUGCCAGUGUACCGCAUUAUCGUCAAUGGUUGAUCGAUAAUUCAAGAGAUUGAAUGUGGUUUUUAUGAUUAGUGCGUAAACUUGUGUGAAAAUAAAGGUGGAGGGUUUUGGUUUUGCUGGAAAAA